AUGAUGGAAGGUGUAGGAGCGCGUGUUAUUCGGGGUCCCGACUGGAAGUGGGGCAAACAGGACGGUGGAGAUGGCCAUGUUGGUACUGUAAGAAAUUUCGAAUCGCCUGAAGAAGUUGUGGUAGUUUGGGAUAAUGGAACUGCAGCAAAUUAUAGAUGUUCUGGAGCAUAUGAUUUACGUAUCUUGGACAGUGCUCCAACUGGUGUAAAACAUGAAGGGACAAUGUGUGAUACAUGCCGGCAACAGCCUAUUUUUGGUAUUCGCUGGAAGUGUGCCGAAUGUAGUAAUUAUGAUCUUUGUUCUGUUUGUUAUCAUGGAGAUAAGCAUCAUUUACGUCAUAGAUUCUACCGCAUAAGUGCUCCAGGUGCACAGCGCUGCCUAGUCGAACCACGACGCAAAAGCAAGAAGAACGCUGUGAGGGGCAUUUUUCCUGGCGCAAGAGUUGUUAGAGGGGUUGAUUGGCAAUGGGAGGAUCAAGAUGGCGGAAACGGUAGGCGUGGGAAAGUAAAUGAGAUUCAAGACUGGUCUGCUGCAAGCCCUCGCUCUGCGGCCUAUGUAGUGUGGGACAACGGUGCUAAAAAUUUAUACAGGGUUGGCUUUGAAGGCAUGGCAGAUCUAAAGGUGGUGAAUGAUGUUAAAGGUCAAAAUGUUUAUAAAGAACAUCUACCCCUUCUAGGAGAGUUAGGUCCUGGCCGUACAGGUCCCCAUGGGUUGCAAGUAGGAGACCAGGUGAAUGUUGAUCUAGACUUGGAGAUAGUCCAGUCCUUGCAGCAUGGCCACGGUGGGUGGACUGAUGGAAUGUUCGAAUGCCUUAGCACAACGGGCACAGUCAGCGGUAUCGACGAAGACCACGAUAUUGUAGUUUCCUAUCCCAGUGGAAACAGGUGGACCUUUAACCCUGCUGUCUUAACUAAGGUAUGCGGCGGCAACUUAAGCGCGUCGACGUCUGCGAGCGGCGCGGGGGCAGGUGCGGGUGCGGCGGGGGCGGGUGCGGGCGCGGGGGGCGCGGGGGGCGCGGCUGCCGGCUUCGCUGUGGGCGACCUGGUGGAGGUGUGCGCCGACCAGGAGCGAGUUAAAGCGCUGCAACGUGGCCACGGCGAGUGGGCCGAGGCAAUGGCACCCACGCUCGGUAAAAUAGGACGCGUACAGCAGAUUUAUCACGACAACGAUCUUAAAGUUGAAGUGUGUAAUACAUCAUGGACUUACAACCCUAAUGCUGUCACGAAGGUGUUUUCGUCUGACGGCAGCGUACAUGGAAAUUCCUCAGGUGAUCGCCUAUCCGUGCUCCUUAAGAAGCUGUUCGAGUCACACGUGACGGGCGACGCUAACGAGGAGUUGGUGAAAGCGGCGGCCAAUGGCGACGCGGCUCGCUGCGCAGACAUACUGGCCCGUACAGACGGCGCACGGGCUGAUGUCAAUGGCGUAUAUGGUGGACAUACUGCGCUGCAGGCGGCAGCACAAAACGGCCACGUAGAAGUGAUACGCGCUCUAGUGGAGGCGGGCGCGGAAGCGGAUGCGGAAGACCGGGACGGCGACCGCGCAGCUCACCAUGCGGCGUUCGGCGACGAGCCGGCCGCGCUAAGAGCGCUUGCGACCGCCGGUGCGGAUCUAAACGCGCGCAACCGCCGCCGUCAGACGCCCCUACAUAUCGCCGUCAACAAGGGCCAUCUCGGCGUCGUUCGUACGCUGCUCCAACUUGCGGUGCACCCCAGUCUCCAGGAUUCAGAAGGCGAUACGCCCCUUCACGAUGCUAUUUCAAAGAAGCGAGACGACAUAUUGACUUUGCUGUUGGACCACGGAGCCGAUAUGACACGAACAAAUAACAAUGGAUUUAAUGCACUUCACCACGCCGCGCUACGAGGUAACCCGAGGUAG